GCCGCCGCCGCCGCCAGCAGCCGGGCCUGUCCGCCCGCCGCCCAGCCGCCCCAAGCCUGCCGGUGCUCGUCGGAGCCUGAGCCCGCCGUAUGGCGCUCCGGGGCUUCUGCAGCGCGGAUGGCUCCGACCCCUUCUGGGAGUGGAACGUCACGUGGUACACCAGCAAUCCUGACUUCACCAAGUGCUUUCAGAACACUGUCCUCGUGUGGGUGCCUUGUUUUUACCUCUGGGUCUGCUUCCCCUUCUACUUCCUUUACCUCUCCCACCAUGACCGGGGCUACAUUCAGAUGACACAUCUCAACAAAGCCAAAACUGCCUUGGGGUUUUUGCUGUGGAUUGUCUGCUGGGCAGACCUCUUCUACUCUUUCUGGGAAAGAAGUCGGGUCAAGUUCCUGGCCCCGGUGUUCCUGGUCAGCCCAACCCUGUUGGGCAUCACCAUGCUGCUUGCUACCUUUUUAAUUCAGCUCGAGAGAAGGAAGGGAGUCCAGUCCUCAGGGAUCAUGCUCACAUUCUGGCUUGUAGCCCUAAUAUGUGCCCUUGCCAUCUUGAGAUCCAAAAUCAUGACUGCCUUAAAAGAGGACGCCGAAGUCAACUUGUUUCGGGAUACCACUUUUUACAUUUACUUCUGCCUUGUGCUGACUCAGCUCGUCCUGUCCUGUUUCUCAGACCGCUCGCCCCUGUUCUCUGAAACCAUCAAUGACCCCAACCCUUGCCCAGAAUCUGGCGCAUCCUUCCUUUCCAGGAUCACCUUCUGGUGGAUCACAGGGUUGAUGAUCCGCGGCUACCGCCAGCCCCUGGAGAACACUGACCUGUGGUCCCUGAACAAGGAGGACAUGUCAGAACAAGUUGUGCCCAUUUUGGUCAAGAACUGGAAGAAGGAAUGUGCCAAAUCCAGAAAGCAGCCGGUGAAGAUCGUGUACUCCUCCAACGACCCCGCCAAGCCCAAAGGGAGCUCCAAGGUGGAUGUGAAUGAGGAGGCUGAGGCUCUGAUUGUCAAGUCCCCCCAGAAGGAGCGGGAGCCGUCCCUGUUCAAGGUGCUCUACAAGACCUUUGGGCCCUACUUUCUCAUGAGCUUCCUAUUCAAGGCCCUGCACGACCUUAUGAUGUUUGCCGGCCCGGAGCUCUUGAAAUUGCUCAUCAGCUUUGUGAAUGACAAGAAGGCCCCAGACUGGCAGGGCUACUUCUACACGGUGCUCCUGUUUGUGUGCGCCUGCCUGCAGACCCUUGUGCUGCACCAGUACUUCCACAUCUGCUUCGUCAGCGGCAUGAGGAUCAAGACGGCCGUCAUUGGUGCUGUCUAUCGGAAGGCCCUGGUGAUCACCAAUUCUGCCAGAAAAUCCUCCACGGUUGGGGAGAUCGUCAACCUCAUGUCUGUGGACGCCCAGAGGUUCAUGGACCUGACCACGUACAUUAACAUGAUCUGGUCAGCCCCUCUGCAAGUCAUCCUUGCGCUCUACCUUCUGUGGCUGAACCUGGGCCCCUCCGUCCUGGCUGGUGUGGCUGUGAUGAUCCUCAUGGUUCCCCUCAAUGCUUUCAUGGCCAUGAAGACCAAGACCUACCAGGUAGCCCACAUGAAGAGCAAAGACAAUCGGAUUAAGCUGAUGAAUGAAAUUCUCAAUGGGAUCAAAGUGCUCAAGCUCUAUGCCUGGGAGCUGGCGUUCAAAGACAAGGUGCUGGCCAUCAGGCAGGAGGAGCUGAAGGUGCUGAAAAAGUCUGCCUACCUGGCAGCUGUGGGGACCUUCACCUGGGUCUGCACACCUUUCCUGGUGGCCCUGUGUACAUUUGCGGUCUAUGUGACCACCGGCGAGCACAACGUCCUGGAUGCCCAGAAAGCCUUUGUGUCCUUGGCCUUGUUCAACAUCCUCCGUUUUCCCCUGAACAUUCUCCCCAUGGUCAUCAGCAGCAUCGUGCAGGCGAGUGUCUCCCUCAAACGCCUCAGGGUCUUUCUGUCCCACGAGGAGCUGGAGCCCGACAGCAUUGAGCGACGGCCCAUCAAAGACGGCGGGAGCUCGAACAGCAUCACUGUGAAGAAUGCCACCUUCACGUGGGCCAGGAAUGACCCUCCCACACUGAAUGGCAUCACCUUCUCCAUUCCAGAAGGCUCCUUAGUGGCCGUGGUGGGCCAGGUGGGCUGUGGGAAGUCGUCUCUGCUCUCAGCUCUCUUGGCCGAGAUGGACAAGCUGGAGGGUCAUGUGGCUAUCAAGGGCUCAGUGGCCUACGUCCCCCAGCAGGCCUGGAUUCAGAAUCAUUCUCUCCGGGAAAACAUCCUUUUUGGACGCCAGCUACAGGAACGGUAUUAUAAAGCUGUGAUAGAAGCCUGUGCCCUCCUCCCAGAUCUGGAAAUCCUGCCCAGCGGGGACCGGACGGAGAUUGGUGAGAAGGGCGUGAACCUGUCUGGGGGCCAGAAGCAGCGCGUGAGCCUGGCCCGGGCUGUGUACUGUGACUCUGACGUCUACCUCUUUGAUGACCCCCUGUCAGCGGUGGAUGCCCACGUGGGAAAACACAUAUUUGAAAAUGUGAUUGGCCCCAAGGGGAUGCUGAAGAACAAGACUCGGCUCCUGGUCACCCAUGGGAUCAGCUACCUGCCUCAGGUGGAUGUCAUCAUCGUCAUGAGUGGCGGCAAGAUCUCUGAGAUGGGCUCCUACCAGGAGCUGCUGGCCCAGGACGGGGCCUUCGCCGAGUUCCUGCGCACGUACUCCAGCGCGGAACAGGAGCAGACGGAGCAGGACGACGGCAGCAGAGCGGUGGACGAGGAAGAGGAAGGAUUAGUAGGCAUGAGCGGUCCAGGCAAAGAGAUGAGGCAGAUGGAGAAUGGCAUGGUGGUGACGGACGCUGCCGGGAAGCAAGUGCAGAGACAGCUCAGCAACUCCUCCUCCUACAGCGGGGAUGUCAGCCGGCACCACAACAGCACUGCCGAGCUGCAGAAAGCCGGAGCCAACGUGGAGGACACCUGGAAGUUGAUGGAGGCAGACAAGGCUCAAACGGGGCAGGUCAAGCUCUCCGUGUACUGGGAGUACAUGAAGGCCAUUGGACUUUUCAUCUCCUUUCUCAGCAUCUUCCUUUUCUUGUGUAACCACGUUGCUGCCCUGGCCUCCAACUAUUGGCUCAGUCUGUGGACCGAUGACCCCAUCGUCAAUGGGACCCAGGAGCACACUAAAGUCCGGCUGAGUGUCUAUGGAGCCCUGGGCAUCUCACAAGGUAUCGGGGUGUUUGGCUACUCCAUGGCCUUGUCCAUCGGGGGCAUCGUCGCCUCCCGCCGCCUGCACCUGGACCUGCUGCACAAUGUCCUGCGGUCACCCAUGAGCUUCUUUGAGCGGACACCCAGCGGGAACCUGGUGAACCGCUUCUCCAAGGAGAUGGACACAGUGGACUCCAUGAUCCCGCAGGUCAUCAAGAUGUUCAUGGGCUCCAUGUUCAAUGUCAUUGGCGCCUGCAUCAUCAUCCUGCUGGCUACUCCCAUCGCCGCUGUCAUCAUCCCGCCCCUGGGCCUCAUCUACUUCUUUGUCCAGAGGUUCUACGUGGCCUCCUCGCGGCAGCUGAAGCGCUUGGAGUCAGUCAGCCGCUCCCCGGUUUACUCCCACUUCAACGAGACCUUGCUGGGGGUCAGUGUCAUCCGAGCCUUUGCGGAACAGGAGCGCUUCAUCCACCAGAGUGACCUGAAGGUGGACGAGAACCAGAAGGCCUAUUACCCCAGCAUCGUGGCCAACAGGUGGCUGGCUGUGCGGCUCGAGUGUGUGGGCAACUGUAUUGUCCUGUUUGCCACCCUAUUCGCAGUGAUCUCCCGGCACAGCCUCAGCGCCGGCUUGGUGGGCCUCUCAGUGUCUUAUUCGUUGCAGAUCACCGCCUACUUGAACUGGCUUGUUCGGAUGUCGUCGGAAAUGGAGACCAACAUUGUGGCUGUGGAGAGACUCAAGGAGUAUUCAGAAACUGAAAAGGAGGCUCCCUGGAGGAUCGAGGAGAUGGCUCCGUCGAGCACCUGGCCCGAGGUGGGAGGAGUGGAAUUCCGGGACUACAGCCUGCGUUACCGAGAGGACCUGGACAUGGUUCUCAAGCACAUCAACAUCACCAUCAAUGGAGGGGAAAAGGUUGGCAUCGUGGGGCGGACAGGAGCUGGGAAGUCAUCCCUGACCCUGGGCUUGUUUCGGAUCAAUGAGUCUGCCGAGGGAGAGAUUAUCAUCGACAACGUCAACAUCGCCAAGAUUGGCCUGCACGAUCUGCGGUUCAAGAUCACCAUCAUCCCCCAGGACCCCGUUCUGUUUUCGGGUUCCUUGCGCAUGAACCUGGACCCAUUCAGCCAGUACUCGGAUGAAGAAGUCUGGACGUCGCUGGAGCUGGCUCACCUGAAGAACUUCGUGACAGGUCUUCCUGAUAAGCUGAACCACGAGUGCGCGGAGGGCGGGGAGAACCUGAGUAUUGGGCAGCGCCAGCUCGUUUGCUUGGCCCGGGCCCUGCUGAGGAAGACAAAGAUCCUUGUGCUGGACGAGGCUACAGCGGCCGUGGACCUAGAAACAGAUGACCUCAUUCAGUCCACUAUCCGGACGCAGUUCGACGAUUGUACUGUUCUCACCAUCGCUCACCGGCUCAACACCAUCAUGGACUACACAAGGGUGAUCGUCCUGGACAAAGGAGAAAUCCGGGAGUGCGGCAGCCCCUCCGACCUCCUGCAGCAGAGAGGGUUAUUUUACAGCAUGGCCAAAGAUGCUGGCUUGGUGUGAGCCCUGGAGCCGGUGUGUCUGGAUUGACCUGCAGGGCCCGAGUACCAGUGUCCAGGAUGAGUCAGCCUUCUUGGGAACUCAUGCCUCUCAUAUACUGAAACCAAAAAGAAAAGAAACCAAACCCCAAAAUCAACACAAUCACAAAGCAGCCACCAUCCAGCCCACUGCCUGGAACUGGCUGUGAACAGACAGGAGAGACACAGCGAUGCAGCCCACCAAAAACACGCACACCCUUGCCUCUGGUACCCGACAAGAUGCACACGUGUUCUCGCACCCCUGGGAAUGUUUGCUCUUGCUCUUGGUGCUCUGCAGGGGAGCUCUGGCAGCCGGACUUCUGGAGAAAUUGGUUGCGUGAAGUAUGCUAGUGACCAAAUCCAGCCAACUGCCUCAAAUCUCUACGGCCAAAGUCUGGAAUUCUAAGUACUCGGCCUCUAGCUGCUGUCCCGGCACCUCUGCCAUCCUUGUCUAGUCUGCCCAGAAUGCUUCGUUUCCUUGGGUCUGUAGCUCAGAGGUUAGGGGCUUGGUAAAGGUCAUCCUCAUCCUCGGGCAGUGUCCUGAGGGCCUGGACACCCCUCUGACCAAGCCUCUGGUCUUCCUGGCACUCAGACUCUGGGAACCAACGUCCCAGCACUGCCUGCGCGGAGACCUGCUUCAGAGACCAGGGGCAGCCUCGCCACCCGCACGCUCCUCACUGACAGGACCCCGCUGGGCUCUCACUGACAGGGGCCUGGACCUGGAACUCCAGGGCUGGGGGAUCCCCCCUCAGCGCCGACUUCCCUCCCCUGAUUGGUUGCUCACCUCCUCACCCACUUUAGUCUCUGCUUUUCCUCCUGCCUCUCCUUACCCACUAUUAGGUGAGUUUGCCUCUAGGCACCGGGAAGAGGUCUGCCCAUGCUUAUGAGGCAUUCAGAGUUGAGAGUGCUAGGCACCUCCAAGCAUGACCAGUCGGUACUGAAAAGAGCUCUGCUGAGUCUUCUCCCUGUUUGUGGAUUUCAGUGUCUCACCCGUGGCCUCCGCUCAGCUCUCAAAAGUGGCGGUGCAGAGAACCUGACAUCUAGUUACCGAGUGUCUUCCAGGACAAGAAAAGAACUCAUUCAUGAAUAUCAACGAUUUCUUUUUCUUUUUCUUUAUUUUAAAGUAUUGCUCCUGGGGAAAAAAAAAACCUCGACUUUAAUUUCUUAGGAGGAAGUACUGGGCCGGAGAGAGUGCUCCCAGGGAGUGGCCUGGUUGGCCUGGCCUCUGACAGUCGAGUUGGUCUGUGUGUUCCCGGAAGCAAACAGGAACAGAGACCUUCAAGGCCUGUGCUCCAGGCCUCACAACCGGAGACCAAAGGAAGACCCAAAAAGUAGGGAGAGGUCACUGAGCCCCAAGAGUCAGACUUGCUACGAAUGACGUCGCUGACUUCAAACCCAGAGAAGCAUCUUUCUUCCUUUAGGUGGAAAUAUAUAUUUAUUUUUUGUAAGUUAUACUAUUCUUUCACAUUAGAUAAACCAAGUUUUUCUUGGGAAUCUUUUUGUAAUGACUUACACUGGAAAGGAGAACAUUUACAAGCAAUUUGCAGUAAAAAAAUAUUUUAUUUCUUUCUAAA